UGAGAACUGCAGGUAGUCCGCCAUUGCUGUAUGAAGAACUACCAAAACUGGCGUUUUCGGCUGUCAACAAUAAACUUGAGGUGCCGGGACGCGGAGCUACGAGGUCGAGUGAAAGCUCGUCGGGCUGCUCCACAAACCUGUAGUCACCCUCCCUUCCCCGUCCCUCCCUGGAGAACACCUUCAUGUGAAUAACAGAGCCCACGGACGAGGCAACCAUGUCCAAUCUCAGCAAAGGCGGCACCAAGAAGGACACCAAAAUGAGGAUACGGGCCUUUCCUAUGACGAUGGAUGAGAAGUACGUCAACAACAUCUGGGACCUUCUGAAGAAUGCCAUCCAGGAAAUUCAGAGGAAGAACAACAGUGGGCUGAGCUUCGAGGAGCUGUACAGGAACGCCUACACGAUGGUGCUCCACAAACACGGAGAGAAGCUCUACACGGGCCUGCGGGAGGUCGUCACUGAACACCUUAUCAACAAAGUACGAGAAGAUGUCCUGAACUCUCUAAACAAUAACUUCCUCCAAACUCUAAAUCAGGCAUGGAAUGACCAUCAGACGGCGAUGGUGAUGAUCAGAGACAUCUUGAUGUACAUGGACCGGGUGUAUGUUCAGCAGAAUAAUGUAGAGAAUGUCUACAACUUGGGUCUUAUAAUCUUUAGGGAUCAGGUUGUUCGCUACGGCUGUAUCAGAGACCACCUACGACAAACCCUGCUGGACAUGAUCGCACGUGAAAGGAAGGGAGAGGUGGUGGACAGGGGCGCCAUCAGAAAUGCCUGCCAAAUGUUAAUGAUCCUCGGCCUUGAAGGGAGAUCUGUUUAUGAAGAAGACUUUGAGGCACCUUUCUUAGAAAUGUCUGCAGAAUUUUUCCAGAUGGAAAGCCAAAAGUUCCUUGCAGAAAACAGUGCCAGCGUGUACAUAAAGAAGGUGGAAGCCAGGAUUAAUGAGGAGAUCGAGCGGGUUAUGCACUGCCUGGAUAAAUCCACAGAGGAGCCCAUCGUCAAGGUAGUGGAAAGAGAGCUCAUCUCCAAACACAUGAAGACCAUCGUAGAGAUGGAGAACUCGGGUCUGGUCCACAUGCUCAAGAAUGGCAAGACAGACGAUUUGGCGUGUAUGUACAAGCUGUUUAGUCGGGUUCCCAAUGGGCUGAAGACCAUGUGCGAGUGUAUGAGCUCAUACCUGCGGGAGCAAGGCAAGGCUCUUGUGUCAGAGGAGGGAGAAGGAAAGAACCCCGUAGACUACAUCCAGGGUUUGCUGGACCUGAAGUCGCGUUUUGACCGUUUCCUCCAGGAAUCUUUUAAUAAUGACCGGCUCUUCAAACAAACGAUUGCUGGCGACUUUGAGUACUUCCUUAACCUCAACUCUCGCUCGCCUGAGUACCUCUCGCUCUUCAUUGAUGACAAGCUGAAGAAAGGAGUAAAAGGGCUGACAGAGCAGGAGGUGGAGUCUAUACUGGACAAGGCCAUGGUGCUGUUCCGCUUCAUGCAGGAGAAGGAUGUGUUUGAGAGGUACUACAAGCAGCACCUCGCUCGCAGGCUGCUCACCAACAAGAGCGUCUCUGAUGACUCAGAGAAGAACAUGAUCUCUAAGCUUAAGACCGAGUGCGGCUGUCAGUUCACCUCUAAACUGGAAGGCAUGUUCCGCGAUAUGAGCAUCUCCAACACCACCAUGGAUGAGUUUAGACAACAUCUACAGACAACUGGGGUGUCACUUGGAGGAGUUGAUCUCACUGUGAGAGUCUUGACCACAGGUUACUGGCCAACACAAUCAGCAACACCCAAGUGCAACAUCCCACCUUCACCGCGACAUGCAUUCGAAGUCUUUAGAAGGUUUUAUCUCGGUAAGCACAGCGGCAGACAACUCACACUGCAGCACCAUAUGGGCUCUGCAGAUCUAAAUGCCACCUUCUACGGUCCCAUCAAAAAGGAGGAUGGGUCAGAGGUCGGAGUGGGAGGCGCCCAGGUAACAGGCUCCAACACCAGGAAGCACAUCUUGCAAGUCUCCACCUUCCAGAUGACCAUCCUCAUGCUUUUCAAUAACAGAGAGAAGUCCGUCUUUGAGGAGAUCCAGCAGGAGACUGAUAUCCCAGAGAGGGAGCUGGUGCGAGCGCUUCAGUCGUUGGCCUGUGGGAAACCCACUCAGAGAGUUCUCACCAAAGAGCCCAAGUCCAAGGAGAUUGAGAAUGGCCACGUGUUUACAGUCAAUGACCAGUUUACCUCCAAGCUGCACCGUGUCAAGAUCCAGACAGUGGCUGCUAAACAGGGGGAGUCGGACCCAGAGAGGAAGGAGACACGACAGAAAGUGGACGACGACAGGAAGCAUGAGAUCGAAGCUGCCAUAGUACGCAUCAUGAAGUCCAGAAAGAAGAUGCAGCAUAACAUCCUAGUAGCAGAGGUCACGCAGCAGUUGCGAGCACGAUUCCUCCCUAGUCCUGUAGUCAUCAAGAAGCGCAUUGAAGGACUCAUUGAGAGGGAAUAUUUGGCACGAACACCGGAGGACCGCAAAGUGUACACUUACGUAGCGUAAAACAAGUGAAUUCAGUGAAAGCUAACAUCGAGUUGAGAGAAAACUGCGAGCCUUGUUUUCUGUGGACUGCUAUGCGUUUGAAAGAACUUGGAAAAUGCUUUCAUCAUUGAUUCUGGGAAACACUGGGAAGCUUAACUUUUCUUCCAUAAAAUUGUGUAAAAAAAAACAAAAAAAAAUCAUGCAAAAGAUGAGGAAGUUUUCUAGCAAUAUUAGAUUUCUUCUGCUAAGAGAAAAGACAGGAGGGGAUCUAGUUUUGUACAAACUCAUGUUUAUUGUGGCCUUUGGAGAGAGUUGCGUGAGCCUGUUUGCCACUUAGCUACGUGCUGAUCUCAACAGAGGAUCGAGAGCGAGCGUAAACAUGUUACUAAGCAAACACACGGCUACAUGGAGACCAAGAAAACAUUUGAAUUCACUCCCCUGUUCUAAAUGUUGAUGUCAAUGUGUUAUGUUUGUGUUUUUGUGGCACAAUGAUGGCUGUACAGGUUGACAGACACUCUUGGCCUUUUUUUUUUCUUUCUUUUUCUUUUUUUUUUUUGUCCUCCUAGAGGAUUUUAAAUUUAAA